AUGAAAAAGAUACCCGAGAAGCUAGGUGGGUAUGAUGAAUAUGAUCGCAUCAAGGUUGCUGUUGGCAAUGUGGUCUAUGAUUCAUUAACAGUUGCAGAGUUUGAAGUUGCUUGGAUGCAUAUGAUUGAGAAGUAUGAUCUUGGUGAUAAUGAAUGGCUUAAAGGGCUUUACAACCAUCGACACCGUUGGGUUCCAGCAUUUGUGAAAGAUGCCUUUUGGGCAGGUAUGUCUACUACACAACGUAGUGAGAGUAUGAAUGCCUUCUUUGAUGGAUAUGUUAAUGCAAAAACUACAUUGAAGCAUUUUGUUAGCCAAUAUGAGAAUGCUCUUCGUGAUAAAGUUGAGAAGGAGAAUAUUGCUGAUUUCAAUUCUUUCAAUUCAACCAUACCUUGUAUCACACGCUUUGACAUUGAGAAGCAAUUUCAGUCAAUCUAUACAAAUUCAAAGUUCAAAGAAUUUCAAGAAGAGCUAACAGAUAUUAUGUAUUGUGAUCGGAAGUUUAUACAAAAAGAAGGGGCAAUAGAAACAUAUGAAAUAACCGAGGAUGUGCUAAUUGGCGAAGAAAAAGGAUGGAGAAAGGAUAUUCUGUACCAUGUAUAUUUCAAUGAGGAAGAGUUCGAAGUUAAGUGUUCAUGUCGCCGCUUUGAGUUCAGAGGUAUUCUCUGUAGGCAUGUGUUGUGUGUGCUUACUCAAAAGAAAAUCAAGGAGGUUCCUCCACAAUACAUCCUUGCUCGAUGGAAAAAAAAUGUGAAAAGAAAACAUAACUUUAUCAGAUGCACAUACGGCGGCAUGGAAGACAGUCCUAUUGCCAAACGCUUUGAUAGCUUGUGCGAUUCUUUCUACCCAGUUGCAGAGAUAGGUGCCAUGUCGGAUGAUGCACACAAUUCCUUGAUCGAAGAUCUUCGCACCUUGAAAAUUAAGUACAGCAGCAACUCAAGUUCUGAAAAUAACAAUGAUAAGGUUGGUACACAGGAAGAUUCACCUUCCAAUGGGAAGGCAACAGGUAAAACUAUACUGAGUCCAAUAGCUGUUAGAUGUGCUGGACGCCCUCCUUCGGUGAGAAAAGAAUCUAAGGUUGAUAAGCUUAUUCGCCAAGCAAACGAAAAGAAGAAGAAAAAAGAACAAAUGGAGAAGAAAAAGGCUGCAAUAAAGGAGAAGAAGGAAGCUGAAAAAAAGGUAUCAUUUCGAAUAUUACAUUUUUCAGUUGUGAAAAAGAAGACCUAA